AUGACGUCAGUAUUGCAUCAGUUUGCCCUGGCAGCAGCUCGGGCUAAAUUUGCCCUUGGGCCUGCCCGGGCUGGUGGAACCCACCAUGAAACCAGGCUGCAUCUGCUGCGCUGGAGGUGUCUUGGGCUCGCCAGGGCAGCCUUUCCCCCAGUUUGGGUAUGGCGCUGGAGAUGCUCUUAUUGA